AUGAUAUUGAUAACGAUAUCAAUAACGAGCAACCCAGAGGACUCGAACUACUACACGCUCGUCAAGGGCGACUCAGCCAACGUGGCUGCUUCUCCUCUCGAUGUCUCUCUGCCAACCUACGUCCUCGUCCACGGCUUCUCUUCGAAUGGAGAGAGUGGGUGGCUUACGCAGGGGAAGACAGCACUGCUGGAACUGGCUCCGUACAACGUCAUCACAGUGGACUGGAGUAAACUGGCGGAAGCCCCCUGGUACAACAUUGCGAUUGCAAAUGUCGAUGAGGUCGGCAGCUUCACGGCGUCCAUGCUCGACUGGCUCCACGCGGAAGCCAGCCUCGACGUCUCGACCGUCCACCUCGUCGGCCACUCCCUCGGCGCCCACGUUUCCGGAAGCGUCGGGCGCCACCUCGCGUCUGCCAGGCUGCCGAGGAUCACAGGCCUGGAUCCCGCGGGCCCGGAGUUCUACAACCAGCCUGAGGAGAACCGCCUGGAUCCCUCCGACGCCAUCUUCGUUGACGUCAUUCACACCAACGCGGGAUCGGUGCUCGAGAGCUGCGUAGGCCUAAAACUCCCGACCGGCGACGUGGACUUCUACCCGAACGGCGGCGACCACCAGCCCGGCUGCGUGCUGCUCGGGGAGGACUGGACGGAUCUCCUUACAGGAGGAUGCAGUCACGGCCGCGCCCACGACUACUGGGUGGAGAGCAUCUUCGCCCUACAGCCCGAGGAGGCCUUCAGCGCACGCCCUUGCGAGAGCUGGGAGGCGUACGAACAGGGGGCGUGUCCUGACUGCGGCGAGGACUGCGUCGACAUGGGCUUCCACCUGGUGCCGGGAAGCGCUCAAGGUCUGUACUUCCUGACGACCAACAGACGUUCCCCUUUCGCGCAAGGACGCCAGUGAACUGCGCUGCAAAUGCACAUUGUUAUAACAAACAGCAAGGAAAACUUUCGACCAAAAGAGAAAA